AUGGUUCAAUACAAAUUGCAUUAUUUUGACCUGCCUGGAAGAGCUGAAGCAAUUCGUAUGCUUUUCUACUACAAGGGGCAACCUUUUGAAGAUUAUCGAAUUAAAAAGGAGGAUUGGCCAACAGUUAAAUCGAAAUAUCCAUUUGGACAAGUUCCAGUGUUAGAAGUUGAUGGGAAACAAUUAGCACAAGCUGGAGCUAUUUUGCAAUUUUUGGGCAAAAAAUUUGAGUUGGCAGGCAAAGAUGAAUGGGAAGAGGCGAAGGCAAUGGAAAUAAUAUUCCUUAAUGAUGAAAUGGGAGUCGCAGUAGGGCCAUAUAUUGGAGCAAAAUUUGGAUUUCGUGAAUUCCCUGUUAACGGGAAUCAGAGAUAUAAAGGGAUUGAGCAACUUCGAAAGGAUGUUUUUCUGCCAGCUAUUGAAAGAUAUUUUCCUUUAUACGAAAAACGUUUGGAAGAGUCCAAUUCUGGUUUUAUUUUGGCUUCUGGAUUAAGUUUUGUUGACUUUUCUGUUGCUCACUUUACCGGAAUGAUGAUUGAAAUGGAAAAGGAUAUAAUGGCUAAAUAUCCAAAAUUGGUCGAUUUUUCUACUCGUUUUUAUUCGCUUCCCCAAUUGAAGGAAUAUUUGAGCAAGAAAAAAUGUUAA